AUGGAAGAUACGAACUCUGAGGAUACGAACUUUGAGGAUACGAACUCUGAGGAUACGAACUCUGAGGAUACGAACUCUGAGGAUACGAACUUUGAGGAUACGAACUCUGAGGAUACGAACUCUGAGGAUACGAACUCUGAGGAUACGAACUUUGAGGAUACGAACUCUGAGGAUACGAACUCUGAGGAUACGAACUCUGAGGAUACGAACUCUGAGGAUACGAACUUUGAGGAUACGAACUCUGAGGAUACGAACUUUGAGGAUACGAACUCUGAGGAUACGAACUUUGAGGAUACGAACUCUGAGGAUGCAGACUAUGAGGAUACGAACUCUGAGGAUACGAACUUUGAGGAUACGAACUCUGAGGAUACGAACUCUGAGGAUACGAACUCUGAGGAUACGAACGCUGAGGAUACGAACUUUGAGGAUACGAACGCUGAGGAUACGAACUUUGAGGAUACGAACUCUGAGGAUACGAACUUUGAGGAUACGAACUCUGAGGAUACGAACUCUGAGGAUACGAACUCUGAGGAUACGAACUUUGAGGAUACGAACUCUGAGGAUACUAACUCUGAGGAUACGAACUUUGAGGAUACGAACUCUGAGGAUACGAACUUUGAGGAUACGAACUCUGAGGAUACGAACUUUGAGGAUACGAACUCUGAGGAUACGAACGCUGAGGAUACGAACUUUGAGGAUACGAACUCUGAGGAUACGAACUCUGAGGAUACGAACUUUGAGGAUACGAACUUUGAGGAUACGAACUCUGAGGAUACGAACUUUGAGGAUACGAACUUUGAGGAUACGAACUCUGAGGAUACGAACUUUGAGGAUACGAACUUUGAGGAUACGAACUUUGAGGAUACGAACUUUGAGAAUACGAACUUUGAGGAUACGAACUCUGAGGAUACGAACUUUGAGGAUACGAACUUUGAGGAUACGAACUCUGAGGAUACGAACUCUGAGGAUACGAACUCUGAGGAUACGAACUCUGAGGAUACGAACUUUGAGGAUACGAACUUUGAGGAUACGAACUUUGAGGAUACGAACUCUGAGGAUACGAACUUUGAGGAUACGAACUUUGAGGAUACGAACGCUGAGGAUACGAACUCUGAGGAUACGAACUUUGAGGAUACGAACUUUGAGGAUACGAACUCUGAGGAUACGAACUCUGAGGAUACGAACUUUGAGGAUACGAACUCUGAGGAUACGAACUCUGAGGAUACGAACUCUGAGGAUACGAACUCUGAGGAUACGAACUUUGAGGAUACGAACUCUGAGGAUACGAACGCUGAGGAUACGAACUCUGAGGAUACGAACUUUGAGGAUACGAACUUUGAGGAUACGAACUCUGAGGAUACGAACUUUGAGGAUACGAACUCUGAGGAUACGAACUUUGAGGAUACGAACUUUGAGGAUACGAACUCUGAGGAUACGAACUUUGAGGAUACGAACUUUGAGGAUACGAACUUUGAGGAUACGAACUUUGAGGAUACGAACUUUGAGGAUACGAACUCUGAGGAUACGAACUUUGAGGAUACGAACUUUGAGGAUACGAACUCUGAGGAUACGAACUUUGAGGAUACGAACUCUGAGGAUACGAACUUUGAGGAUACGAACUCUGAGGAUACGAACUUUGAGGAUACGAACUCUGAGGAUACGAACUUUGAGGAUACGAACUCUGAGGAUACGAACUUUGAGGAUACGAACUCUGAGGAUACGAACUCUGAGGAUACGAACUUUGAGGAUACGAACUCUGAGGAUACGAACUUUGAGGAUACGAACUUUGAGGAUACGAACUUUGAGGAUACGAACUUUGAGGAUACGAACUUUGAGGAUACGAACUCUGAGGAUACGAACUCUGAGGAUACGAACUCUGAGGAUACGAACGCUGAGGAUACGAACUUUGAGGAUACGAACUUUGAGGAUACGAACUCUGAGGAUACGAACUUUGAGGAUACGAACUCUGAGGAUACGAACUCUGAGGAUACGAACUUUGAGGAUACGAACUCUGAGGAUACGAACUCUGAGGAUACGAACUCUGAGGAUACGAACUUUGAGGAUACGAACUUUGAGGAUACGAACUCUGAGGAUACGAACUCUGAGGAUACGAACUCUGAGGAUACGAACUUUGAGGAUACGAACUCUGAGGAUACGAACUCUGAGGAUACGAACUCUGAGGAUACGAACUCUGAGGAUGUCCCUGGAAUUCCCCGAAGUUGA